CAUUAGGCAACUGUCUCUGGUAAAGUGUUGCUGAUAUGAAGACAGGAUACAUAAUAGUGUGCCCUGUUAGCCAUUGUUUUUACAUCUCAUGACCCAUAAAGGAACUAAACGAAAUUAUGUACUCAUGUUUUAUUUUGUCCAGUGCGUCAGAGGGCAGACUAAAGUGUAGAUGAUAAGGUCUCUCUCGUUUCAAUAACGACGAACACAAUGCUGAUCAAAUCGACGGAGAACUCACUUGACAUGCAUUACAUGGACAUCCACGGACUACUUCAGCAAUAAGCCUGACCAGUGGAGACCAAAACCGCCCAGCCAAUCCACCCACUGUGAAAUCCACAACCCCUCAGAGGUGCACUGAGGGUGACUUUUUAAAGAAGCUGGCGUCAGUCCGGCGUGUAAGUCUGCUGUAAGGCGAGGGAGACAUCAUUCUCAAGUACCAGGAAUGGAGGAAAGGAGGUACCUGCUUCCAGAUGGGGGUGGCAAUUCCAAACUCUCGUCCAAAGCCAUCAAAACGGAGCGUGACACAGCGGUUAGAGCUGUCAGGAAACAGCCGGGUGACCCAGAGACGUCCACACAAAUGCGCGGGAGAAAAGAUGAUCUCUGUGAUGUGCCUUGCAAGGUGCCUCGUUUCCAGUAUGUUGAUUUCCCUUCUCUACACCAGUGCAUCCAACAGCUUUUUGUGCCUCCCCUGAAUAGUUGGCUGGGAUCUUGCUCACUGACAAAGGCACCAAACCGUAGGCCUAUCAGUCCUAAAGAAAAUGUGCCCAAAUUUAAGUAUGUGGACUACCCUUCUCUCCACCACUGCAUUCAGCAGCUAUCUGUGCCUCCGUUAGAAAGCUGGAGUACUGGGCUGGUCAGGCACAAUGCAGAGGAAAGCUCUGAAGGGUCUGAAGUGCAGAAGAUGCCCUCUCAGUCUGGGACUGUGAGAAACAACCAAAGGGCUAAGGAGAAUGAGGCAGGAGUUCAGAACAAGGAGGACAGUAGUAAAGUAACAGCGUGGUCUUUUUCAGAUCCUGUGAAACUGAGAUACACACACACAAAAUCAAUCACAGGGCCUGUGGGAGGACUAAAGAAAGACUGCACCUCAGAUGGAAAGAGACUGACAGAGAAAGAUGACUUAAGGUUUUCCGCUAUAAAAUCAGAGUUUGAUUCGGGAUCAGAUUGUGCUUCCAGGUUAGAAUCUAGUUCUGGAUCUCAGACAGACACAAUGGUGGUAAGAAAUCACAGACCUUCAGUUAUUAGCAUGGUGCACACUAACAAACAGAAGCACUGGACACCGGAGGAACAUUGGAACCCACCCGAUCCUGUAGACCGGCUACAAUGGAAUAUUCUCCCAGAGCCAGUUUGCCCAUUUUGCCAACAGAUGUUCACAAAUCCAGAGCAGUUUAGGGCUCACCAGCGGAGCCAUAGAGAUAAGAGACCAAACUGAUGGGCAAAACUGAAAGGUCACCUGCUGAGUGAAAGCUGCCUUUUGAAAAACAAAUGAUGCCGCAUUAUGGAAUCUCAUCAUCAGAGGCCUUCUUGUGUUUAUAGUACCUAAAGUGGUGGUUGCUGAAAAACAUUCGAUUUUUGGUUCAGACCUAUGAGAAAAGACAAGUAUUUGUAUUUAUUAAUAACUUGAAAUAUCAUGACAGACAGAACUGGACAGACAGAAACUAAAUAUUCUAGUUUGUGUAUGGGUCCAGACAGACACGUUAUUAAUAUUCAUAAGAGGUCAUUCAUUGAUCAUUUACUGCCUUUACAGACAUAAUGGGGUUUUAACUGGCAGGGAAUUUAAACCAGAUUUAUGGGGUUUUACAACUUAUAUUCUCUUCCACAUAUGUGACCCUCGACAACAAAACCAGUCUUAUGGGUCAAUUUUUCGAAAUUGAGAUUUUUACAUAAUCUGAAAGCUGAAUAAAUACACUUUCUAUAGAUAUAUGAGUUGUUAGAAUAGGACAAUAUCUGGCUGAGAUACAACCGUUUAAAUCUCAGGAAUCUGAGAGCGCAAACAAAUCUAAAUAUUGAGGAAAUCGCCUUUGAAGUUGUUAAUCAGGGGCACUGUGGCAGACCAUCCACUCACAAAAAUAAAGGUUUUAUAUAUUUAAGGUAGGAAAUUUACAAAAUAUCUUCAUGGAACAUGAUCUUUACUUAAUAUCCUAAUGAUUUUUGGCAUAAAAGAAAAAUCGAUAAUUUUGACCCACACAAUGUAUUUUUGUCUUUUACUAAAAAUGUUCCCGUGCUACUUAAGACUGGUUUUGUGAUCCAGGGUCACAUAUAUCAAUGUGCUACAAACAACUAUGGUGUGGGCAAAGCACUGGUGCAAAUAAGAAACUUUAAUAUAUGUAUUACUCCAUACUAGUGACUAAAUAUUUAGCUUUGGGUGCCUACAAAAUAAUGGCUAUUGUUUUUUGUUGCACAAACAAACAGGCUCGUUAAUAAUGAUUUGUUACAUUAACCUUUUUUUGUAUUUUUUAUGGUUUUGAAACUCAUGUGUAGUGACUUUAAGCUGGUAGAUAUAUAAAUCUUUAAAAAAAUGUUUGGUUUGUUUUCAAGUGUUUAAUUGUGUGAGUAAAGAUUUUUAAUACAAAAAUAAAUUCUUGGUUUUUCAAUUUGCUAUAAGUGCCAG